AAUGUGGAGAUUUGGCGUGGAGUCGGAAACUCAAUCCAUGUUGACUCUGCCGAGGUCUCUUUUGGACUUCACCGUGACUCACUUCAACUUCAUCACAUCAUGCCUCCGGUCGGCGCAGCGCUCUGGCGUAGUCUACGAGCCCACCAAGUCUACGGGGCUAACACGGACGUGGGAAAGACAAUUAUCUCCACGGUGUUGUGCAAUGCCGUUCAACGCCAGAAACAGCAGGCCGCAUUCCUCAAGCCCGUGUCUACAGGGGCAUUGGAUGAUGCCGAUGAUCGACACUUGCAACGUUACGGUGCUGGGACGCUGACCAAAUGUCUCUACCAAUUCGAUGACCCAGUGAGCCCGCAUUUGGCAGCCAAGGAUAAAUUUGUUCCACGGGAUGAUGAUCUCCUCGCAUCUAUACAUAGCACGCUGUCUGGGUGGGCGCGAUCGAACAUUGACUUCGCCCUUGUCGAGACUGCCGGGGGCGUGCACUCGCCGGGCCCCAAUGGCAACUCACAGGCAGACUUGUAUAGACCACUCCGCCUGCCAAUCGUGCUGGUAGCAGACUCUCGUCUAGGGGGCAUAUCUUCCUCGAUCUCUGCCUACGAGUCGUUGCUCCUCCGUGGCUAUGACGUUUCAUCAGUCCUCUUGUUCCGAGAUGAGUACUACCAAAAUCACGAAUACCUCCGUGAUUACUUCCAGAAAAAGAGUAUUCCCUUGGUCUCACUACCAGCGCCUCCAGCCCGACCAUCGCAGCUGGACGCCGAAUCCCAGUUAAGGGACGAGGAGGCCAUGCUCAGCUAUUACCAAAAAUCCGCCAAGGAGUCCGAGAUCCUCCGACUGCUUGAAGAAAUGUCCGUCAACAACACUGAGCGCGUUCAGCGCCUAGAAGAGAUGGCCGACCGUGCGCAAGAGCUGAUAUGGUACCCCUUCACCCAGCACCAGGGCAUGAAAGCUAAGGACAUUACCGUUAUCGACUCAGCGCAUGAUGACUACUUCCAAACAUUCGGCUCCACCACAUCCAAAGAUACGCAAAGCGAACUGCGCCCGACAUUCGACGGGUCUGCAUCCUGGUGGACGCAAGGCUUGGGCCACGGUAAUCCCGAGCUGUCACUAUCUGCUGCCUAUGCCGCCGGUCGGUACGGACAUGUCAUGUUCGCGGGAGCUGUCCAUGAGCCGGCACUGGCGCUUGCGGAUAAUUUACUGAAGACUAUCGAAAACCCAAGGCUUACUAAGGUCUUCUACACAGACAAUGGAAGCACGGGGAUGGAAGUGGCUGUCAAGAUGGGUCUACGCGCUUCUUGCGACCGGUACGGCUGGGAUGCCAGCCAGGAGCAGAUUGGUAUUCUUGGACUCAAGGGUAGCUACCACGGUGAUACCAUCGGUGUUAUGGACUGUUCCGAGCCUUCGACAUUCAAUAAGAAGGUUGAGUGGUAUCGUGGUCGCGGCCACUGGUUUGAUUUCCCUCUUGUUAAGAUGGUUGGCGGAUCUUGGAAAGUUGAGAUCCCCAGUGAGCUGCAGGCAGAACUCGGCGAGGAUGUUGAUUUCGCUUCAUUGGGGUCGGUCUUUGAUCUCAGUCAGCGUCUUGAGUCUGCCGCUGCCCAGCGUUACAAGGACUACAUCCGUCGCACUAUUGAAGAUCUGGUCCAGCGACAAGGAGCGAAGUUUGGAGCAUUGAUUCUGGAACCUGUCAUCCUUGGUGCGGGUGGAAUGCUCUUCUGUGAUCCUCUCUUCCAGAGAUGUUUGACAGAUGUGUCUUCACUGGACUAUACCGUCUCGGUCGCCGGACAUCCGCAUCUUUCCUGGAUGUGCACCCCCGACGUCGCCGUCAAUGCCAAACUACUCACGGGCGGGCUGGUACCGCUCUGCACGACUGUCGCUAGCGAGGAGAUUUUCGACGCCUUUUCCAGUACAGAGAAGAGCGAUGCUCUCCUCCAUGGUCACAGUUACACAGCCCAUGCCGUUGGAUGCACGGUCGCUGUUGACUCCCUGAAGACGAUGGCUCAGCUUGAUACCGAUGGAUCCUGGGAUGCAUACCGUGCUGACUGGCGUAGCAGCUCGCCUACUGCUCCUGCAGCUUCAACUCCGGAUGUGUGGAGUGUCUGGUCACAGGGUCUCCUCCAGGACUUGUCUUCCGCGGACUCAGUGGAGAGCGUGUUUGCUAUCGGAACUGUGCUUAGUAUUUCACUCCGUGAUGCAGCUGGUGGAGGCUACAACUCCAAUGCGGCAAAGGGACUGCAGCAGAAGCUGGCUGUUGGCGGUGAUCAGUUCAACGUCCACUCGCGCGUCCUCGGCAACGUGCUUUACCUGAUGUCUAGUGUCACUUCCAAACCUGAGUCGCUCCGAGAGAUGGAGCGUCUCCUCCGAUCAGCAUUAGUGUAG